CUACCUAGAGAACCCCCUGACCGCAGCCACCAAGGCUAUGAUGAGGGUGAACGGAGAUGAUGACAGCGUGGCUGCCCUGAGCCUCCUCUACGACUACUACAUGGUCCCAAAGGAGAAGAGGAUUCUUCCAUCUGGAAUGAUGGGACGCAAUGAACUAGGAAAGAGGCACUGCCACGGAAUGGAGUAUGACCCAGAGAUCACGUCCUUCGAUGGCUCAGCCCAUCUCAUGAAGCUCUUGUCUGAAAAUGUUUCCAUGACCCAAGAAUAUUGUGAGCCACAGAAGAAAAACAGCUUAAGUCUUGAAGGCAUCCCUACUUCUCACAAGCCAGCCAUGCUUCCACCAGGCACUAGCAAGCUGGAUGCUACCCCAGACAACUACAUGGUCCCCCCAGGGGAUGUAUAUGACAGCAGCUCACUGAACUCCCUCUUCGAGACCAUCCCCGUGGCCCCACCACAGCAGAGGUGGCAGCCAGACAGCACUUUCAAAGAGGAUCCCCAGGAGUCGCUGCUCUUCAGUGAUAUCCUCAAGCCCCCGCCAGAGCCACCUUGCCCUGAGAGUUAUGCUGCUGAUGGUGUUAAGAGUGACUUUGAAUACACUCUGGGGUCUCCCAAAGCCAUUCACAUAAAAUCUGGAGACUCUCCCAUGGCCUACCUCAACAAAGGACAGUUCUACCCCAUCACGCUGCGGACAGCUGGAGACAGUAAAUGUUUACACUUGUCUUCAAAUAAAGUGAAGAGUGUUGUGAUGAUUGUUUUUGACAAUGAAAAGAUCCCCACGGAGCAGCUCAAGUUCUGGAAGCACUGGCAUUCCCGCCAGCCCACAGCUAAGCAGAGAGUCAUUGAUGUCGCUGAUUGUAAAGAAAACUUCAACACAGUGCAGAACAUUGAAGAGUUAGCCUACAACGCGCUGUCCUUCGUGUGGAACAUCCAUGAGGAAGCAAAGGUAUUUAUUGGGGUGAAUUGCCUGAGCACCGACUUCUCCUCCCAGAAAGGAGUGAAAGGUGUCCCGCUGAACCUCCAGAUAGACACGUAUGACUAUGGCAAUGGAACCACCCAGCUGGUGCAUCGCGCCGUCUGCCAGAUCAAAAUAUUCUGCGAUAAGGGAGCAGAGAGGAAAAUGCGAGAUGAUGAACGGAAACAGUUCAGAAGGAAAGGAAAAUGUCUGGACUCCAAUAACAAUGGUCUGAAAGGUUGUUUGCUGUCCGGCUUCAGAGGAAAUGAAAUCACGUUUCUGAGGCCAGAGACUGACCUCGAAACCCAGCCAGUCCUGUUUAUUCCCAAUGUCCAUUUUUCAAAUGGGCAGAGAUGUGGCACGGUGCUCCCUCCUGCUGUUCCCAACGCUGCAAACAGGUUGCCCUUAAAACGGAGUGGUGCCUCAUUCACAGAUGAGUUCGAACCAAUACCUCCAAAGCAAACCAAGGAAGAAGAUCCGCAAAGAGUCUUGUUGUACGUGCGGAGGGAAUCAGAGGAAGUAUUUGAUGCUCUCAUGUUGAAGACGCCAGACCUCCAGGGCCUCAGAACUGCUAUUUCAGAAAAAUAUGGGCUGCCUGAAGAAAGCAUUUAUAAAGUCUACAAAAAAUGCAAAAGAGGGAUCCUGGUGAACAUGGACAACAACAUCAUCCAGCACUACAGCAACCACAUGGCCUUUCUCCUAGACAUGGUGGAAGCGGAGGACAAGAUCCAGGUCAUCCUCAAGGAGCUAUAA